AUGAUGGAGACACCUCAAAGACCCAUAGAUGAAGUCAUUGUUGUCCAUGACUUCCACUCGGCAAAGCCGAACAUUCUCACCUUGAGCCAUGGGGAUACCGUAUAUGUUAUGGGCAAAGCAGAAUCUGGUUGGUGGGAUGGUGUUAUAUUUGGGGAGCACGGUCCAAUAAGAGGUUGGUUCCCUGCAAUUUAUUGUAAAGGACGUUCUCAAUUGCUCAGUGAGCAACAGGCGCUUGGUGGCAGGCCACACAUGUCGUCUUUACUGAGACAAAGCUUGGACAGGCCCCCAAGGAAGAACUCCAAUGUGAGCUUUACGUCUGAGCACAGCAGUACCAAAGAGGAUGAAACAAGACAUUCUUCAUCACAACAGCAACUACAACAACCAGAAGCGCAGCCACAGCAGCCACAACCGCAACAGGUACAACAACCACAACAGGCACAACAGGUACAAUCACAACAGAAGGAUCAGAACAACCGUAAGAGCUCUGGAAACAACGGAUUACCGGAUGUUUCGUUGGACAAAAUUCAACUUGUGUCCACUGCUGAAGCAGAAAACAUCUUCAACUCCACAGGUUCAUCGAUGGUUCCUAUCUGGAUCCCUCAAAUGACCACUGACGGUAAAAUCAUCUACUACAACGAUGAACUGAAUAUUUAUUGCAAAGAUUUGCCCUUCAUUGAAACUGCUGAACUAGAUGAAGGUUCAGUUAUCAAAGUGCCGACUAAAGAACAAAACCCGCGGACACUCGCUGUUGUAAACUUACAUAAAGCACACGUUGAUGUUGGCACCGUUAAAUCUAGGUCAUCAAUGACUAGAACCAUAUCCGGUUCCGGUUCCAUUUCAGGCUCUGUGUCAGGCUCUGUGUCAGGCUCUGUACCUGGUUCGGUUCCAACAUCUGAACGUAAAAACAGCUCAAAGGAGAAUGUAAGUGUUGGGUCAUCUCUUCCUUCAACAAAUACGGUCCAUCCCUGGAAUUCCGCAUUAUACUGUAUACCUGACCUGUUCUACUAUGACCCUUCGGAUAUAACUACCUGGCCUGCUCUGAGAGACGCCUUCGUCCAUUUCUUGCAGCUGGCUUUGGAGUCGUUGAAGAAGAAGUCAGACUCUCUGUUCCAUGCGCAUUUCAACAUUGCUUCAAGGAUUGGGGCUCUUAUCAAUCUAUCAGCAAGACUUGCACAGCAUGAUUUACAAAAAUCCGGAUCCCAAAGAAGAGUGCAGAAAAGGCUCAAGAGUAUAGCUUCAUCCAUAGCCCAGGUUGGUAUUAAUGGGAACUUAUUCUUAUCAGAAGAUGCAAAGGAUCGACAGACUUCAACUUCAACCCAAAGCAGUGAGCAUACUGAUGGAACAGAGUCGACUCUAAGACGUUCAAGCUCAGGUAACGCUUCGGUUUACCUAGAUCAAGUUGAAAUUGAAGUGGAGAAUCUCAAAAGAAAUGCUAUUAAAUGUAUCAAAGUUUUUAUGCAAAUUUCUUCGAAUAACUUUAACGAACACUACUAUCUUCCACAAGUUUACCCACGUUUCCUUACAGGGUUCUUUUCAGGUGGAAAUUGGAGAAAUCCAUUCGUUCCUGAACCAAAAGACCCAUUUGCUGGAAAGCAAAUGUCAGGUACAACAACACAAAAGAAACGUAUCAAAACUAUCUUGGAUCAGGAUAACUAUGAACUUCUAGAGGCAAGAAAGAUGGAACUCAUUGACUGCGGUGAGGACCUUUUGGAGAUGCUGAAGUCCCCAAAAAGCGAAAAGAGAAACAUUGAAAUCUUGGAGAAACUGCACAAAUCAUUAUCUAUUACUUCCAGUAUGAUCGAUAAAAUUGAAGGUUUGGAUUUCUCGGUGUUUUUGAAAAACAGAAGAGAUUCUAUGACUGGUGAUUUUGAUACAGCUCGUAUGAUUUAUCCAUUACUUUCUGAAUUCUUCGAGGCAAAGCAAGCUACUCGUGAUGCUUUAAUAACAGUCGUGAUGGAGGCACAAAAUAUAACCUUGACGGAUGCAUCAAUGUUCAGAUCUGUUCGAGAGGAUGAUCGGGAAGCCCCAAAGACCACUACAGAGCACGAGAAAGCUGCAAAACAGAUCCAGGUGGAAUUGCAAAAGUUGGAUGUUGACUUCGAUGAUGGUAUCUCUGUGAAUAAUGAUGACAAACUUUCUGAAAGUCUUGCCAAUGCAAUUGAUGCUUUGGAUGUUCUUACAGCCCUUGUGUCUCAGCUGGUUUCUGAAAGAGAGGCUUACAUCAACUACGCAUCGCGUCUCUUAGGUGAUGAUACCGCAUAUGAUUAUAUUCCAGCAGAUCGUGAAGAUUCUACGGUAACUGAUGAAUAUGCUUUACCGGCUUCUGCAACUGGAAGACAUGAACGUAGGAAUGAGCCUUGGUAUUUGGAAUCGGAAGAAUUCAACUUAAUAUUUUCUGAUAAAGACACCGUUAAAGGAGGGACUCGUGAAGCAUUGGUCCAAAGACUGACUCAUCAUGAACUAUUGGAUGCUACAUUCAACUUGACUUUCUUGACCACUUUCAGAAGUAUGAUGACAGCCACAGAGCUUAUAACGAUGCUUGUUAAAAGGUUCAACAUUGAACCUCCAGAGAAUCUAUCAUAUGAGGACUACUCACAUUGGCUCGAAGUGAAAUCUUAUCCAAUUAAACUGAGAGUGGUCAAUAUAAUGAAGUCUCUACUGAAUAAGUAUUGGACUCCUGCCUAUGACGAACCUCAGCUUCCAUCAAUAUGGGGCAAAUUCAUUGAUGGUCUGCUUCAGGAACAGUUUCCGGGUAGUGAACAAUUAGCAAGACUCUUCAAAGAUAAAGUGCUUGGUGCUGAUCUUUCAUCACAAAAUUUCCAGGCGAAGCCAAAAUCGAUAUCUUCUAAAUCUAAGAAGAUGAAACUCCUUGAUAUUGACCCUGCGGAGCUUGCAAAUCAACUAACUAUAAAGGAAUCGAGACUUUAUAACCAAAUCAGUCAAAUCGAAUGCCUGGAUAAGUGCUGGAAUAACAAGUACGGCUCCCUAGGGGGCUUUCAACAUUUACAGGAGUUCAUUUCGAAUUCAAACGAUUUGACAAAUUUCGUGUCAUAUACUAUUGUAUCACAGACGGAUAUCAAGAAGAGAGUAAACGUAAUCAAAUAUUGGGUUCAGGUGGCAGAAAAAUGUGAUCAGUUAAACAACUAUUCAUCGAUGACGGCAAUUGUUUCUGCGUUGUACUCAUCUCCAGUCCACCGUCUAUCGAAGACUUGGGAUCUCGUACCGGCAGGCUCUAUGAACAUUAUGAAUAAGCUGAACGAUUUGAUGAAUUCUUCAAGAAACUUUAGUGAGUACAGAGAGCAUUUACGCUUUAUAUCUGACAAGCCUUGUGUUCCAUUUUUGGGUGUCUUCCUUUCCGAUUUAACUUUCACUACAAAUGGUAACUCUGAUCAUCUUCAUGGGGAUGCAAAGUUAGUCAACUUUGCCAAAAGAUCAAAAACGUUGAGCAUUUUGAGGGAAAUGUCCCGUUAUCAAAACGUGAAAUACAAUUUGAAGGUCAAUGAUGAUAUUCAAGACUUUAUCACGUACCGCUUGUCUGAUCUUGAAAGUAUUGAUGAACAGUACAGUCGUUCUCUUGUGAUUGAGCCUCGUGUUAAAGUGGCAAAGAAGCAGACAAUGGCGGCUGCUAGACCUCAACGGUUGUCUAUUCUUCCAUAUAUGGGAUGA